UGAAGGAUAGCCCCGCCCUCCUUUAUCCGGUCGCGCGGGGGCUAUAUAAACUCAGCCCGGUUUUAUCCGCACUAAUACAACCUUCAAUUUUCGAACCCUUAACGUCGGUCUGAAGGAAAUCUGACAAAAUGCGUGAAUGUAUUUCCAUGCACGUUGGCCAAGCCGGAGCCCAGAUGGGCAAUGCAUGCUGGGAGUUGUAUUGCCUGGAGCACGGGAUCCAGCCAGAUGGUCAGAUGCCAAGUGAUAAAACCAUUGGAGGAGGAGAUGACUCCUUUAACACCUUCUUCAGUGAGACUGGUGCUGGUAAACAUGUCCCAAGAGCUGUCUUCGUUGAUCUGGAGCCCACGGUCAUUGAUGAGGUGCGCACAGGAACCUACCGCCAACUGUUCCACCCUGAACAGCUGAUCACUGGUAAGGAAGACGCUGCCAACAAUUACGCCCGUGGCCACUACACCAUUGGCAAGGAGAUCAUUGACCUGGUGCUGGACAGAACUCGCAAACUGGCUGAUCAGUGCACUGGACUCCAGGGCUUCCUGAUCUUCCACAGCUUUGGUGGUGGCACCGGCUCUGGCUUCACCUCUCUGCUCAUGGAGCGACUCUCAGUCGACUACGGCAAGAAGUCCAAACUCGAGUUUGCCGUUUAUCCAGCUCCCCAAGUCUCCACAGCUGUGGUGGAGCCCUACAACUCCAUCCUCACCACCCACACCACCCUCGAGCACUCCGACUGUGCCUUCAUGGUGGACAACGAGGCCAUCUACGACAUCUGCCGCAGAAACCUCGACAUCGAGCGCCCCACCUACACGAACCUCAACAGGCUGAUCGGACAGAUCGUGUCCUCCAUCACGGCGUCUCUGCGUUUCGAUGGAGCCCUGAAUGUGGAUCUCACCGAGUUCCAAACUAACUUGGUGCCUUAUCCACGUAUCCACUUCCCUCUGGCCACCUACGCCCCAGUCAUCUCAGCAGAGAAGGCCUACCACGAGCAGCUGUCUGUCGCUGACAUCACAAACGCUUGCUUCGAGCCAGCCAAUCAGAUGGUAAAAUGCGACCCACGUCACGGCAAGUACAUGGCUUGCUGUCUGCUGUACCGUGGUGAUGUCGUGCCCAAAGACGUCAACUCUGCCAUCGCCACCAUCAAGACGAAGCGCACCAUCCAGUUUGUGGACUGGUGUCCCACUGGCUUCAAGGUGGGCAUCAACUAUCAGCCCCCAACUGUGGUUCCUGGAGGAGAUCUGGCUAAGGUGCAGCGAGCCGUGUGCAUGUUGAGCAACACUACAGCCAUUGCUGAAGCUUGGGCUCGUCUGGAUCACAAGUUCGAUCUGAUGUACGCCAAGAGAGCUUUUGUCCACUGGUAUGUGGGUGAAGGUAUGGAGGAGGGCGAGUUCUCUGAGGCCAGAGAAGACAUGGCUGCCCUGGAGAAAGAUUAUGAAGAGGUGGGCACAGACAGCGUUGGAGAAGAGGAUGAGGAAGGAGAAGAGUAUUAGGAAGGAGAAGAGUAUUAGGAUGUCACCACCUGGCUUACAGAUGCCUGCUCAAUCUAGCAAGACAACUCUUGCACAAGCUUAAAAAAAAUGGGUGGCGUUCUCUUUUAAUCACAUUCCUUACAAUAAAGCGUUCCUCUUGGUUUCAAUAAAAGUGCAGAGAUAAAA